GGUGACGGCGCUGGGGGCGGUGACGCGGCUCUCGCUGCGCCUCCAUCGCCGCGGGCCGUCGCGGCUGCGCCUGCCUCCCUCGGGGCCGCUCCUUCGCGCUGCAGAGCGACGUGCAGCUGCCGGCAGCCACGUGCCGCCCCGCCCUCGGAGGCGCUUGGCACGCGGGUGCGGCCCCGCGCACAGAGCGGCCCGUAGGAGAGGAAAAAGCUUCGUGGCGGGGCGGCCCGCGUGCUUUCGCCGUGAGGUGGCUGGGGUUAGCCAGGCGAGUUGUGCCGGCUCCGUGUUCCCGAUCCGUGCCGUGGCACUUUGCGAUGGAAAAGUGCGGGCCUUGUGCUGGUGGAACCUCUGAGGUGAAAACGAGAGCUUUUGAUUCGUCUGAAGCUUGAGAAACAGUAACUCACAGGAGCGGUUCUGAGGACAGCCUGCAUGUUGGUGUGGCACAGUGAGCAAAGUGACCACCUCAAGCAGAUCCUAGGAAAGCGCCAAGAAGGGAAGGUGAUACAAGUGAUGUAUCCUCCAGUGUGAGGCACUGAGUGGAGCAGUUCCUGUCGUUUUGAACACAGAGCCUGUCAAGACUGAAUCUUGUGUGGAACAAGCUCGUUUGUAGUCACAAAUUCAGCCAGAGAAAGAAGGAGAAGCAAGAGAAGCGAGUGGCAAAGAGUCAAGUAAACCAGGCAACGGAAGGGAAGGUUCAGCUGCCUGCAUUUAAGAUAUUGGAAAUGAAAGUCUUGGGAUGGAGAACUCUCUGAUGAUCGGAGAGCACGGUGUUGGGGGUAUGUUUCUGAAUCAGACAUGUAUCCAUACGUAUCUCAGCAGUCUUGUUUUUGCUGGUCAUCUUCUCCAAUGGGAAAAAUGGUGAAGCAGCAAUGGAGAGUGAGAGAGAGGGACACAGGAGGUGAGUGGACUGUAUCAACUUGUCCUAGACCGUGGUUUGUCAGUCAGCAUCACUGUUAGCUCAGAUGAUUUAGCACAGUGUGUUCCCACGUUAUUCCCUUUGCACUGCAGAAUCUGAAGGUGAGUGAUUCAGUAGUUGAACAGUUCCCGUGCAAUAUCUGGUGUUGGUCACCUGAGCUACACUAAGUAUAUACUAAUGUAAAAGAUAGGGCUGGAGCUACACCUUCUCCUGUGCACUCUUGCCCAGAUAUAUUGGCAGAGUUAUCUCCGUAGUCAACACAGCAUCACUUCGUUUUAGAACAUAAGGAUUUGGAAGAGCACUACCAAAACCCAGCAGUGUGUAUUCAGGUUCAGUCUUCACAGAAUGCAAUGGGGUUUUCCUGAACUAUCCAGACCCAUUGUACCAGAUGGUACCGUAUGGAUGUAACACUGAUCCUUUGACUCUGUUGAUUUCUAAUUAGGUUUCUAGUAAUUAAUAUAGUUUGCAGGCCUUGCAUGAACUCUGCAGAUUACCCAUUCAUGUGAAUGAUUAACUGAAAGGGGAUUAAUCCUGGCAUGAGUUCAACCAAAAAUAAUUUUCUAGCCUGAAAAUCUUAUCUGACAGGCUAGUAGAUUUUAAUAGGGAAUGAGACGUUGGUAUUUGUGUAGUUCCAUUUCACAAAGAGAAACUUGACAGAAGAGUGUUAAAAAUACAAGCAUGGUAGACAUAAAGCAUUUGGUCACCACUCUUGGACGCAGGGUUUGGAUUUUGGGUGGUCCUGUGUGGAGUCGAGUGUUGGACUUUGUGAUCCUUGUGGGUCCCUUCUGGGAUGUUCUGUGAUUCUGUGGUAGCAUAAAAGCACAAAGAAAUGUCACCCAUGAAAAAUCUCAAUGAGUUUAGGGAAACUGUUUUAAGGUUUCUCAGAGGACUGUGCGUUUCUGAACCCAAGGUUUUUGCUGGGUUAGCAUGUUCUCUGUGCCUUUUCAAACUUCUCCUGUGACCAGUCUAUGGUUGUACAUAAAUACCAAGAAGAUCAGCUGUAGCUUUCAUAACACAUUGAAAUCUGUUUUAAACAGCUGCUGUGUGUCUGGUACUCCAUUAGACUUUCAAACACUUAUUUUACAGGAAAUAAUGUGAAUUCUCAGGUCCUUGGACCAAACUUAGUCCUCAGGCAUGCACGCUGAUCUCAGUGUGGGAAAGUCUGGAAGGUAUUUGUUCCAGGGAAUUGUCAGUGCUGCACAGUUUUCUGAGUCUAUGAGCCUAUAAGCAAUGCCAAUAAGCAUUUUUCCAUUCCCAGCAAUUUCUCAGCCCAUGCAAAUACCUACUAGGCAAACUGCAGCAGAUUGAGCCAAGCAGGAGAAUACCAUGAAAGCUACUGCAAGCAGUGACGUUCAUGCAGAAGGUGGGAAUGGGAGCAGAGAUGCAUGCUAAGGAAAGGGGGAAAGAAUAACAUUGUGUUGACUCAGUCUCCUCUUACAGAGAGGACAAUGCUGGCUGCACCUAGGGAUGAGCAAAGCUGAGAAAGGGAACAUGGGUAGAAGUAAACAAGGGUGUGCUACUAUGUGUUAUAGGGCUCAGAAUGUUGAACAUCCUUAGCAGAUAAAUAUCCAAAAUCAUUAUAUUCUAUAUAAAUACUGGGCCAAGUGCCUCUGAUAUAACUGCAGUUAUUGACUAUAGCAAGUGUGCUGUAUUAUUUCAUCCAGGUGCUUGGGGUGCUAAUUUUAUUUAAUGGAUAAUAAGUGCCAUCAAAAAACAGAGUUGCUACUUUGCUUGGAUUUCAUUGAAAGAUGCACUCCUAAAAGGAGAGGAAAUCCCCAAAAUGAUACUCGGUGAUUAACUACAUAGAAUAUUGGAUUUCAGUGUUUGCAAAUCCUUUUUUUCAAAUGAACUUGUGGCACUAAUCCUCUAAUGGCAUUAUUUCUUUGGAAUAUAUGCCGGAUUAAGGAGUCACAAUGAGGCAAAGUACAAAAAUCCACAUUAAUCUCUCACCAGUGGAUGCUGUGUGGGAUGCAACUUUAACUGUGUUUUUCCAGACCUGGUCUGUUCCUAUCCUUGCCCCAGGUCUACACAGAGGGAGGAACAGAUAUAAACAAAUGUGACACUGAGCGCUCAGCAGAUGGUCACAAGCCAUUUAACUAGAUGGAAAGGCCUGGGCAUUUAUUAUUUUUAAACUGCAGAAGCUAAGCCUGCCCUAUGCUGUCUGUGGUGAACUGCAGGAAGUAGAUGGACUGGUCUGCGAGGCAGGAGCAGGGCAAUGUUCACCAGUGUGCAGGGAGAGAACAGCACUGCCCUGCCUACCAGCUAAUGAGGGCCUGCCCACCAUUCUGUAUUCCACGUGCAGGGCACAGCCUGGGCUACUGCAAAGUAGCAUCCAUGCUUUCAGCCCUCGCUCUGGUCAUCCUGCUUUGCUUUAGGAUAACCUUGCUGUCCCCUCAUCCUGCAUAGCUUGCUUUCUAGGAAGAAGAAAUUAGGUCGCUGUGAAAAUACAAUUCCCUUCUCACCGGAUUAUAGGGAUGCUGUCAUGGUGCCAUGAGGUAUUUUUACUCUCAUUCAAUGGCCUAAAGUGGUGAUAGAAUUUCUGAAUGGUCAAUGCAUCACUUAAUGCACUGAUGUCAGAGCACUGAAGCUAGCCAAGCCUACCACUGUAAUCAGUGCUUAACGUGCUUAAGGAUUUCCCCAGUUCCAGGGAUCGGAGAUUAUCAGAUAUUCCCGUUCCACCUUCAUCGAAGCACGGUGGGCAUGGAGCCCUGAGCCCAGCAGAGCCUGGCACGCGUGCACAGAUGUGGGUUGCCUUGUUGCUGUUUCAUCCCUGGGCACUCUUGUUAAGCACGACAUUGGAAGUGGAUGAAAGCUGUCGAGUUCAGUGAGUUCCUUACUGACGGGAGUGCUUGGGGUUCUCAGCUGUGUAACUGAGACACCCGGGUAGGGGUAGGACUCACAUAGGUGCUCUUUCCCUGUGGAUACAGAGCAAGGUGCUGAUUUCAGAGAUUGGGUCAGAACAGCCAUCCCUGGGCUCAGGAGGCAUUACGACCAGCUUGGAGAUCUCUGCUUUUUGGGAACAGUUAUGUGCCCUUGAUUCUUGCAGGUAAACACUGCCCAUGAGAGCGGCUUUGUGCAUUUUUUCCUUCUGCAAACAUCUUUCUGAGUAGUAUUUCUCAUGGGUGGGAGGAUUUCCCUGCUGUUCACUCGAAGUUUUCUUCUCCUAAUCUUAUCCUAUUGACUCUCAGCAGCACACUGUGCCCCACUCAGCCCUGUCUGAAUCAUUUGUACGUUGACACACUGAGUCAGGCCUGUCCUCAGCCAGUGUCUGCCGUGCUUGCACAGCAGUCAUUACUUUUAUUGACCAUCUUUAUCACUCCCCACCAAAAGCACUCCAGCUUGCAUAUGUCUGUAAUGUAUACAUAGCAGUGAGAGGACCACGUAAAAUGGUGUUGGAACAGGUACAGGUGAAGGUGAGCAGGAAACGAUGAGGAAAACUCAUCUGGCACAUGAGGGGAAACAAGAGGUGUUGGGUUGAUGUAGGCUAUGGGGGUGACAGCAUCACAGAUAUUGGCCAGGAGCAUCCAAGCUAGAAAACGUAACUCUCACUGUCAUGGAAAUCAGAUUUACACACACACAAAUAUAGGGUAGCUUGGUUUAUGCACCUGAUGUGAUCUGUGAUGCCGUACUGUGCUAUCAUGCUGUUGCCUACAAGCAGAAUGUGGUGGGUGGCACAGCAGGACGUCUCCUCUCCUGCAUGCUGUGCCAUGAAGUGCUCAGCAGUGAGCUACCCCUCUGUGUCCCUUCCAUCACCAAACUGCAACGCCCACUGACACCUGCCUUUGCUCAGCCUCCACCAACACUCCUGACAAGUAUGGACAAAAGGGGUGGGAAAACAAAGAGCUUUUCUUCAGGUGCUGCUGUAACCCGACCUGCGAGGUGACUCAGCUGGCAGCAGCUGUGCGGGACGUGGGGCGGUCAGGGUGCAGCGCUCAGCCUGCACUGCCACUUCCUCCUUUCUGCAUUGCCAGGGAGCUCAGCUGUGGCACCAGCAGAGAGUACCCAAGUGGAUUCUCAGCUCUCCUGCCUGAAUAGUGAGGCUGGAACAGCAGAAAGGACCUGCAGAGCUGUUGUGCAGAGCUGUUGUGCAGAGCUGUCGCUGUCAGGCUGAUGAAGACAGGAACACUCAAAAGAAAAGCACCUGGAAUGUCCUGAUAGGUAGAAGUGAAGUUUUGUUCACGUGCCAUGGCUCACUUCUGCCAGCCCUGAAAGUGCUGUAAAAGGUGAAACAAACCCACAGGUGUACCGAUGGAAAAGACAGGAGACACACAGAGUUGCCAGAACAAGAGUGAGGAAGACAUCCCAAAGAGUUCCCCAUUUGACUUUGUUAUAAAGCAGUUCCAAGGGAAGAAAUCCUCUUCUGGAAAGAGAAAAGAGCAGCCUUCAGCCAUCCAGAAGUUCUUCAGUGGCUUUGACUUUGGGAAAUCAGAAGGCAAGGAAAGACAAAAAAUUGAAGAAACAGAAAUAAACAACUGUAGAGCUGAUGAUCAGAGUGAGAAGGAAAAUCUCUCAGUAGAAGAUGAAUCUUCACAGCUGAUUUCUGAAGCAGAGUCACCAUCUGGUGAGCAGAGAUUUAACCAGUUCAUGCAGAAACUAGGAAAGAAACCCAACAGCAAGAACUUGGAUCUCAAUAAUUGUGCAUUAAGUGCAGCAGAUGUAACAGAGCUGGCUUCUUUACUGCCAUUUCUCCCAGAGCUGGAAGAGAUCGGCCUGUCCUGGAAUGGUUGUGUUGGAGGGACUUUGAAAACCCUCACUGCUCAGUUCCAUCAUGUGAACCUGCUAAAAGUCCUUCGACUUAACAACUGCAGGCUGUCAGCUGAGGAUGUCACCUCCUUAGGAGAGGCAUUUGAAAUUGUUCCUCAGCUUGAAGAACUGGAUUUAUCAUGGAACAGUAAUAUAGGUGGCAAACUAUCACUCCUGACAAAAAAACUUCGGAAGGGAUGCAAAAUUAAACUUCUGAAAAUUACAGAUUGUAACCUGACGGCCAAAGAUGGAGAAUCCCUUGCUGAAAUACUAAAUGUGCUCCCAAACCUUGAAGUAUUAGAUCUCUCUAUCAACAAACACAUUGGCUGCAGCAUGAAGGUCAUUGCUCAGGGUCUGAAAAACGUACCGGGCCUCAAGGAGUUGAACUUGCACAUGUGUGGAUUAAAGCAGGACAGCCUCCAGGGAUUAGACACUGCUUUGCAGCACCUUACAGCACUAAGAAAAUUAGACAUAUCAUGUAACAAAGAGAUUGGUGGUGGCUUUAAAGACUCAGCAGCUCAUUUGGCCAGCUUGAAAAAUCUCGAAGUCCUUGACCUCCACCAGUGCUGUGUAACAGAAGAAGACACGACCGUUUUGUCCCAGGUGAUACCUUUACUCUCCAGUCUUCAAGAGCUGAAUUUGUCCUGGAAUAAAAACAUAGGAGUCUCAUCUGAUCCUCUUCUCGGCAGACUCAGAUUUUUACCGAAGUUGAAAUCUGUGGCCAUCAGCAAUUGUGGUUUAGGCAAGGAGUCCUUUUCAUCACUAGCUGAGGCUGCCCUUCACCUUCCUGAACUGGAGAUAUUAGACCUUUCUUGGAAUAAGUGCGUUGGUGGAAACCUAAAGCUGCUUUUGGGAGCACUAAAGCUUGCAACGGAGAUUCAAGUGUUAAGACUGAGCAGCUGUAACUUGGUGGCUGAAGAUUUGGCGCUUCUAACAUUACUGUCACACGAUGGCCACCUAGCCAGGUUACGGAAGCUGGAUUUGAGUUAUAACAACACCAUCUCUGAUGAAGGGUGGAUGGUUUUCUGUCAAGGCUUAGCAACAUUCAAAGAACUCUCAGAGCUGGAUGUCAGUCUUCGUCCAUCAUCCUGCCGUGCCUGUGGGACGUGGUUCAGUGAGUUGUUAGCAGCACUGACAAAGCUGCCUGCAUUGGCAGAGCUGGGGAUGCAGAGAUGGGUCCUUUCAGAAUCGCAGCGUAAACAGCUGGAAGGCUUUAAUCAAGACAACAAAAGAAACAUUCGUUUUGACUGUUGAUGGAGGUUGGAGGUUU